UACUUAGUCGAUUUAAAUUCUAGAAUCAGAAUCCCUGUCAUGUCAUAAACAACGAAGGUGGUUUACGAUAGCUGUUAUCCUCCAAUGGUCCCAAUGACAUGACGCACUUUAUUAAUUUACAAAAUCUUUGAUUUUAUUUGAUGAAGAUUUAAACUGUAUUUAAAAUUAUGGCUCAAGCAAAGGUAAACUCCCAAGAAGAAACAAGUGGGACGCUUAAUGAUAAAGAGAAAGAGAGUGAUGAAAAAGAAGGCACUACAACAAUAUUAGAAUGUGCAGUUUGUCUUCAACCAUGCAUAUAUCCUGCAAGAUUGCCUUGCAAUCACAUAUAUUGUUAUUUAUGUGUCAAAGGAGUUGCAAAUCAAAGCAAAAGAUGCCCUAUGUGUCGUCAAGAAAUACCUCCUGAUUUUCUUAACAGACCACAGUUAGUGGAAGUUGAUGAAGCACAGAAAGAAUCAGAGCAUUUUGAGGAGGAAUAUCAAUGGUUUUAUGAGGGUCGAAAUGGUUGGUGGAAAUAUGAUUCAAGGACCAGCCAGGAUUUGGAGGAUAUUUACAACCUAGGUUGGUGGCAAUAUGAUCAACGUACAAGCCAUGAAUUGGAAACUGCAUAUAAACAAGGCAAACGGAAUUGCGAAUUAUUAAUUGCUGGAUUUCUUUAUAUUGCUGAUUUUGGUUCAAUGCUUCAAUUACGUAGAAAUGAUCCUUCUAGACGAAGAAAAAUUAAACGUGAUUUGUAUAAUGUACCCAAAAAAGGAGUUGCAGGUUUAAGAUUAAAUCAUCAAGAUGAAGAAAUUAUUAGAGAAGUAAGGGGAGCAGAAAGACCAGCUAGUCCCGCAAGUGAUGAUAUGGGUAUAAUGUUUAGCACGGGAGAUGGUACAAAUACUCCAGUACCUCCAAGUAAUACACCACAAACACCAGCAGGUGGAACAGCAAGUGGUGAUGCUACACCUCUAAAUGAUAGAAUGGAACAAAGAGACUCUUUGCAUCAAGUAUUAGAACAAAUGCGUUCCUUAGUUCUGAGAGAACAUUUAUCUUCAGACACAGAUGAUGAAUUAGAUGAAGAUGAAGAAACUUCUACUCAUCCUACAUUAUAAUGACUACAAACGUCUAACAUUUCCUAUUCAUCAAACGAAGAUCAUUUUUGAAAAAAGCUUAAAUUUAUUAAAAUAAAUGUAGCAUCUCAUUAAAUGAAAGAUAUAGUGUAAUAAAUUCAUGUACAUGAUUUAAAGAUACAGAACGCUUUAUAUACGAUAUACGAUCUAUAUACUGUUCUGUGAUGAAGAAAAUUAAGUACAACAAUUAAGUCUUUCACAUUCAAAAUAUCCAAUGAAUGAUUAUUUCAAGUAUUCUCUUACAAUACUCAUGGUUUAUAAAUUAUUCAUCAGUAUACAUCUGUAACUCAACAUUUUUAUCAUUUUCAAACAUGUUUUUCAGAAAGAUAUCAUUCCAUGCUGCUGUACUUUAAUGUUCUACUUAAUUCUGAUAUGUAUAAUUUCUGUUAUUAUUAUUCUAGAUUAUAUUGUAAAAUUCUUAAAUGUAGGUCAUCGAGAGUUAUUAAGGGUAUCUAAAACAAAAAAAUAAUAAUAGAAUCUAUUUGUGUGUACAUAAAAUGUAAUAUAUUUCAUUGUUUAACAAUGUUUCGCUUGCACGCUCCACAUAAUUGGCAGACUGCCGUUUUUUUACUCGCUCUUUAUUUUAAGAAUAAAAAGUUCGAUGAAAUUCGCCAACUAA